AUGACGCCAAAAGUCAUGAACGCCAUCCGGCGGGUGUUUCACGACCGGGACACAGACCAGAGUGGGCGCAUCGACAUGUGCGAAAUGUCCACCGCGAUGAAGGAUCUCAAGGUCAACCUGUCAGAGGACGAGAUCAAAGCCUUGUUCAAGAUGGCCGACUUUUACGAGGAUAAUCAGCUGACGAUGAAGCAGUUUCUCGUGGUUCUCGCCAUGGGCUACGUGCUGGACGCCAUCCCCGACCUAAUGGAGAAACCGGCGAAUGCCGAGGCGGAGGCGGCUGCUCGCGCGGCGGGGCGGCGGAUGAGCAAUUUCUACAACAACGAGCAGACCGUGCGGAACGCGCUUGAGCUGUUCACGUACGCCUACUUGUUGUUCGACAAGGAGUGCAAGGGGGUAAUCAGCCGGGAGCAGGUGAUGAUCGUCGUGGCGGAAAACGGGCAGAAGGACGAAGGCAGCAUGAGCAUUCUCUCGCAGGAGCGAUGGGAUGAGAUGGACUGGGAUAGCAACGGCGAUAUCAGCUUCGGAGAGUUCGUGUACGCCUUCACCAAGUGGGUCGACGUCGACGUGGAAGACACGGCCGAAGAGUUGGCCAUGGAGGCGGAGGCCGCCGCGGCGGCGGAGUUGAAGCGGGAAGGAGGACAGGCCAGACGAAAAUCUUCCGUCAGCGUUGCAAGAAAAACCUCCGUCAUGGCAAAGGAGAUUUCCCGUCGAAUUUCUUCGGCGUUGCUCCCCCAGAGUGACUCGGCAGUCGACCCCGGCGGCAGCACCAAAAACGAUGCCGGCGAUCCACCGUCUUCAUCUCCGAAAGAUGCCGCUGGUGCUUCUGCCGCUACUGGACCGCCAGUAAAGCCGGCGAUGUCGCCAUCCGCGUUGGCUUCGGGUCAGCAGUCCCAUGCUGCCAAUAAAUCCUUGGGUUUCGCCGGAGGUUCAGAGAAAGCCAAGGAGGAGGAGUCGAUGAAGGGGGGGGCAGGGGCCUAAAACGUGAACGAUUUUUGUGGGGGAAAACGCCUUGCGGUACCAGCCUCAUCCCGGUCCCCGGUGUUUCUGUGCAACGCCUGUUUGGUGUGCAAACCCGUUCUUUUUCUUUCCGUUUCCUUUCUCGCCUGCGCCGGGGUGUGGCGAGGGUGCUUCGUACAGAGCACACUCUUGCCCCGCCAGGCGGCCAUUCGCGGUGUUGACUACGACCUCUCUGCCUGCCCCUCCACCCCCACCCCGCCGUGUUCUUGGUGCUGUGCGUGCGUGUGAACCCAACCACGGUUUAUUUCUACCCUUUGUUUCUACCCUUUGUUUCUACCCUUUUGCUGUGGUCUAGACUACAUGGUAAUGUCGGCAUGUGCACGCUUGGAUCAAAGAGGUGGGUAUAUGGAGUAUGUAAUAGUCCUUUGUGUUGAGCCCAUCUUGCGGCCGAAACACACCAUCCUGGGAAAUUUCGGAUGGCGAAAGACUCGAACGUAUAAACAGCGUGGGGUGAUAAAUAUAUUGGAAUGGGGAAAUUGUUUGGAAGCAGUUGGUGUGGUUGGAUUUUGCUUGGGAUAGAUGCGGGGGGUACUCUGUCUGUUUGUGUGAAGGGGGCGGGGUUCCCUGUGGAAGUUGAGUUGAGACCCCUGUGGGACAGUUGGUUGUAAGCCCCACCCUUUUCUCUAUGAAACU